AUGGCACCGGUACAGAAAGAAUCUAAAGAAAACCAACCACCAACAUCGUCAUCGUCGGUGGUUGCCAAAGAUGCAACAGAGAUCCCACAAAAUAAAAAGAAUGUAGCUAAGGAAGAAGAAGAAGAAUUAUCCGAAGAGGACCAGCAAUUGAAAGAGGAGUUGGAACUGACUGUGGAAAGGUUGAAACAACCCAAUCAAUCGCAAGAUCAAUAUGCAAAGUACUUGGAUUCCUUGAAACGAUCCAUUCAAGACUCUACUACUUCCAUGACUGCUGUCCCAAAGCCAUUGAAGUUUUUGAGACCCAGCUACCCCGGUUUGACUGAAGUUUAUGAUGAGUGGAGUAAAAAGUAUGGCGAAAAAUCUCCCAUUGUAUCCAGUUUGGCCGACAUCUUGUCUGUGUUGGCAAUGACUUACUCAAACGAAAACAAAAGGGAGUCAGUAAAGUAUAGAUUAUUGUCAAAUACUGACACUAUCCAAGAUUGGGGACAUGAGUACUUGCGUCACUUGGCUUUGGAAAUCGGUGAGUCCUAUCAAGAAAAUUUGGGUGUAGACGAAGAUUUGGUGUCAAGGUUAACCCAGUUGGCGUUGAAGAUUGUUCCGUACUUUUUGCAGCACAAUGCUGAAGCCGAUGCUGUCGAUUUGUUGUCGGAAAUCGAGUCCAUUGAUAAAUUGCCCCAAUUUGUUGACGACAAUACUUACGCCAGAGCUUGUCUUUAUGUUACAAGUAUGGUUCCAUAUUUGGCUCCACCUGAUGAUAUUUCCUUUUUGAAUACUGCAUUUGCUAUAUACUUAUCCCACAGUCAAUUGACACAAGCGUUAACUAUUGCCAUCAAAUUAGAUGACAAGGAGUUGAUUGAGCAAGUUUUCAAUUCAACAAACGAUGAAUUGGUUCAUAAACAAUUGGGUUUCAUCUUGUCGCAACAAUUUAGUAAUUUUAAAUUACCCAAAGAGAAUCAGGAAGUUCAAGAUACGAUAAGUAAUGUCAAACUAGGCGAAUACUUUCAAUAUUUGAUCAAAGAGUUGAAUUUAUUGGAUCCAAGAGUGCCCGAAGAUGUUUACAAAUCACAUUUAGAAAAUUCGAAAUUUGGUUUGGGAACUUCUGGAUCCAUUGAUUCUGCAAAGCAAAAUCUUGCCGCUGCUUUUGUCAAUGCGUUUUUGAAUCUUGGUUUUGGUAAAGACAAGUUGGUUAAAUCAGAGGAAGAUAACAAGUCUUGGAUUUACAGAACAAAGGGUAAAGGCAUGGUUUCAACUACAGCCUCAUUGGGUUCAUUUCACCAGUGGGAUGUCAAUGAAGGGUUGCAGGUAUUGGAUAAAUAUACAUAUUCUGACGAUCCAGAAGUCAAGGCUGGUGCUUUGUUGGGUACCGGUAUUGUAUCAGCCAACGUGCACGACGAUGUUGAUGCAGCACUUGCGUUAUUGCAAGACUAUGUCAAUGAUUCCAAUAAGUUAUACCAAACAGCAGCAAUCAAUGGGUUAGGUAUUGCAUUUGCUGGGUCUGCCAAUGAAGAAGUGUUGAAUUUGUUAUUACCAUUGGUGUCAGAUCUGGAUGCACCAUUAGAAGUGUCGUGUUUGGCUGCAUUAGCUUUGGGUCAUACAUUUGUUGGAACGUGCCAUGGUGAUAUAACCUCAACUAUUUUGCAAACAUUGUUGGAGAGAGAUUUCAAUCAAUUGGCCAAUAAAUUUAUUAAAUUCAUGGCAUUAGGUUUGGGGCUUUUGUACAUGGGUAAAACUGAACAGGUGGAAGAUGUAUUGGAGACUAUAGAUGCAAUUGAGCAUCCAAUUAGCAAAACUUUGAAAGUUUUGGUCAAUAUUUGUGCCUAUGCCGGCACUGGUAACGUUUUGCAAAUACAAGCCUUGCUACAAAUGUGUGCUGCUAAACCCAAAGAUCAACUUGAUGAAGAGAAAAGAUUGGAACAGUCUGAGGAAGACCAGCAAAAAACUGAAGAAAAAGGCAAUGCUAAACAAGAGGGUGAAAGAGAUGCUGAAAUGGAAGAUGCCAGAGAUGAUAUUAACGAAACUCAAGAUACUGCUGAUGCAAACACCACUGCUACUGCUGCUGCUACUGCUACUGCUGCUGACUCGUCAGAAACCAAAGCCAAUGAGGCUGAAAACAAAGAAGAUGCUGCCGAUGCCGAUGAUGAUGACGAAGUAGAUGAAGAUGAGGAGCUAUACCAAGGUAUUGCCGUUUUAGGAUUGGCUUGUAUUGCAAUGGGUGAGGAUAUUGGUCAAGAUAUGUCGUUGCGUCAUUUUGGUCAUUUGAUGCACUACGGGAAUUCUUUAAUUCGUCGAUCAGUUCCAUUGGCUAUGGGAUUGGUUUCGAUAUCGAACCCACAAAUUAAGGUUUUCGAAACAUUGUCCAGGUACUCACAUGAUCCUGAUUUGGAAGUUGCCCAAAACUCCAUCUACGCCAUGGGAUUGGUUGGUGCUGGUACCAAUAAUGCCAGAUUGGCUCAAUUGUUGAGACAAUUGGCGUCGUAUUACAUCAAAUCACCUGACACUUUAUUUAUGGUUAGAGUCGCUCAAGGUUUGUUGCACUUGGGUAAGGGAACCUUGACGUUGUCUCCGUUCAAUGUGGAGAGAACAGUAUUGUCCAAUACGGCAUUGGCUUCUUUGUUGACAGUGUCGGUGGCAUUAUUAGACCCAAGAGCUUUUAUUUUGAAUGAUUCAACACAGGAAACAAGUCAUGAAUUGUUGUACUACUUGAUUCCAGCAGUGAAACCAAAGAUGUUGGUAACUGUUGAUGAAAACUUGAAGCCUUUGAAAGUCAAUGUAAGAGUUGGUCAAGCGGUUGACGUUGUUGGUCAGGCCGGUAAGCCCAAGACUAUCACUGGAUGGGUCACGCAAUCUACACCAGUGCUAUUAAACUAUGGUGAGCGUGCCGAACUUGAAAAUGAUGAGUGGAUUAGCUUAAGCAAUUCAUUGGAGGGUGUUGUUAUAUUGAAGAAGAAUCCCGAAUUUAUGGACAUAGACUCUUGA